ACGCACACAAUUGGUUGCGCAACUUUGUGUGUGUAGUGUGUAGCAAUGGGUGUGUGUUUGUGUGAUUCUAAGAAAACAGCCCCCCCCCGCGCCCCCUCUUUUAGAGAGCGCGCUGCACAGGCGCAGAGCGCAUCUCGGGGCCGGAGAGCUAAAAGGCACUAAGGCAGCAGAGGCACACGACGCGCGGACACUUCCCCGUGGACAGCCUCCAGACUCCCGCAGAGUGGGAAGAGGAGCCCCCCCGCUGUUAGCCGGCGGAGGAAGGAUGAUAGCGGGCUGCAUGAGAGAUGCUGCAGGAGAAGCUUUCAGCUGUGACGGAUGAAUGUAUGAGCCGGGUCCAGUCCGGUGGGGAGACGGAUCUGCUUCCAGAACAUUCCCCACUGGGCCUCUCUACAGCUCCCACCAUUCCCAGCUCCAGUGAGCCCAACCAGAAAAUUGAGAACAUUAAGGUUGCUCUUCAUGAGAGGGAGCUGUGGAAGAAGUUCCAUGAGGCCGGCACAGAGAUGAUCAUUACUAAAGCAGGAAGGAGGAUGUUCCCUAGCUACAAGGUUAAAGUAACUGGGAUGAACCCUAAAAUCAAAUACAUCCUACUUAUUGACGUUGUUCCAGCUGAUGACCAUCGCUACAAGUUCUGUGAUAACAAGUGGAUGGUGGCUGGCAAAGCUGAGCCAGCAAUGCCAGGCAGACUCUAUGUGCACCCUGACUCCCCCGCCACAGGAGCUCACUGGAUGAGGCAACUGGUGUCGUUUCAGAAGCUCAAGCUAACAAACAAUCACCUGGACCCUUUUGGGCAUAUCAUCCUAAACUCUAUGCAUAAGUACCAGCCCAGGCUACACAUAGUCAAAGCCGAUGAAAACAACGCCUUUGGAUCCAAGAACACUGCCUACUGUACUCAUGCCUUUCAUGAGACAGCCUUCAUCUCGGUAACCUCUUAUCAAAACCAUAAGAUCACUCAGCUAAAGAUAGAAAACAAUCCAUUUGCCAAAGGAUUCCGGGGUAGUGAAGAAGGAGAUCUACGCGUUUCAAGACUACAGGGGAAAGACUAUCCAGUGAUUUCAAAGAACAUGGUUCGCCAGAGGCUCAUCUCGUCACAUAGCCACCUAGCAGGGAAGCUCGGACAAGGAGUUCUUACAGGGCACCCUCAAGUGCUGUCCUCUUAUCAGUACGAGACUGGGGUUCCUUUGUCUAACUCAGACCCCCAAGAUCCUAUUUCGAGCCACUUCCCUCAGAGCAGAGAUCCCAGCCUUCUGUACCACUGCUUCAAACACAGAGAUAAUGCCCGACACCUAGAGCUUGGAUGUAAGCGGCCGUAUUUGGAGACAGCAUCUGUGGUCUCAGAGGAGCAUUACCUUCGUUCAGCUGCUUACGAGUCGAUGUCUCAUCCAUACUGCACUGAGGCGAUUACCUCUAGAGAGGCUUGUAUGUACGGUAGUACAGAGACAGAGUCUGCAGCAGUAGUAGUGGACGCAGAUGACUUGGCCAACUCCUCUUCAAUAAAUUGCAACAUGUGGGCUUCAAUGCAGCCCUACCCUCGCUAUAGCGUGGAGGGCGUCCCCUACCAGCCCUUCACUGCUCACUUCACCAACGCUGCCACGGUCACUCCGGUACCGCACCCCACAUCAUCCAUGGCGCCUCGACCACAGGCUGACAUGGGCAUCUACAACUCAGCUACGGUUCUGCCUGUUAUACCUCCUUCAUCCUGCCCUCCAGCCGUUUCAGGAUCCAGAGAACGGUCAGGCCAUCCGCCUUUGUACCAGAAGAAACCAGGGUCUCCUCUUCGGCCUCAAAGAGAUUUCUCAGUCUAUCCAACACAGGGCACUAUAUCUAUCCGGGAUCCAUCCUAUCAGUACCAAGCAGGGCUGAGUAGCGCUGGGACUCAUUGGACUGACAGCUAAUAUGCACACUUGAGGAAACAGUUAUGCCACUGUACAAGUCUGAAAUGAAUCAAGGUCCAACACCCCACUUGUGGGCUGCUGAUGCCAAGCAGACAGUGAACCACAGCCAUGAUCAUUGCCAAAGCCUUUUAUAGGCAUGAAUUCUCACCGAAGCACUUUUACAUGCAACACUGUGUGUGGUGAACAGUGCCCGAACUCUUUACUUAUGUGUAUUGUAGCAAUUGUACGGAUACGAUUGUUUUCAACACUCAAACGCAAAGGGCAGGUUUUCAUUAACACCUUAAAGUCUGUGAGAGGAAGCUGUAAGAGACGCAAAGUCUGACACUAACUGGCUAAGAACAACUAUCCAAAAAGUUUUGUCUAUCUAGCCUGAUGUAAAAAUGAGGAUCAUAUUUCAAAAUAGACCAUCGAUGAGAUGGUUCUUCUAGAGAAUGAGAGGCGAAGAUGUAUUUACGAAAUGAUUUUUUUUUAGUGAAGGAUUUUUGAUCAUAUCUUGUAGAGCUCCACAUAGAUACAGCAUGGUUAUGAAUGAGGCUGCUGGUAUUAUAUGUAUUUCUUCAUUUCAACAAAUUAAAUGAAAAGCCAGGGACGCAUCAUGUAUUCUUUUUUUUUCUUUGCCUGGCAGCAAGCACAGAAACCAUGGAGGGUCGACUGAAAACAUGGCUGUUUUAUUGUUUAUUUAUACAUUUGUAGUUUGUGUAUUUUCAUGGCAUUUGUUGACAAUGAGUAAAAUAUAUAUACAUACAUACACACCCUAAAGGUGGUGGAGCUCGGGUAAAUGUCCACUAGGCAUCACAGAUAAAAAAAGUUGUCGCAGUUUUGCAUCCUAAUCAUUCAUAUGUGCCAAAGUUUUGCUACUCCUUGAUGUAUCUCGUUAAAGUGAAUUGAAUUCAUACAGAAUGAUCGACAUUUUCUGACAAUAACCGAGAGAAAAGUGCAUUGCGCCUUGACAUUAAGAAUAUAAUACAAAAAGUUAAAUUACAGUCCUUUACCAUGAUUUACAUACAGAUGAAGUAAAUCAUGUUAAAGAUUAACAUAACUUCCAUUGUGAGAUAGUCUAAAGGGCCUAUUCAAAUACCUUGUACAGGUCUGUGCUGGUUGCGUGAUACUUGCUUAAGACUCAGCCGCCAAUGGUCCAAACUUAUGACUCCAAACUAUAUUAAGGUGAAACAGGACAGCAACCAGAUGCAGGCUUACAGGGCCGCUGUUAAGCCGGGGUGAGUGCUGGAAAAGAGAGCGGCACACAAAUCCCACUCCCAAAUGACUUACUAAUACAAUCUGUGUAAGUAUAAAACAACAGGAGUCGGCAGGAAAGCUGAAAGAAAAGGUUCUCGCUAGCAUUACAGUAAGUGCAGUCUGAGCCGACAUUGACCAGUACAGAUAACUGGAGCAUAUGAUCGUGAUCCCUCAUGCAUUGUCCCUUUAUUUCAUGUCUUAUUUUAAUAUUUUGGAUAGAUUGACAUGUUUGCACACCUGAUGAAUAAACAUUUUCAUACCUCUAA